AUGCCGGCGGAGCGCCUCGACGUCGCGGUCGCGUCCAGGACGCUGGUUCGGGCCUCGGACCCGCCGCCGGGCUUCCCCGCCAUGCUCGCCGCCUCCAACCUCGACCUCAUCCUCGGCUCCUUCCACCUCUACCUCAUUGCCGUGUACCCCGCCCCCGCCGCAGGGUUCAAUGCUGUGGCCGCGGCGGUGCGCGCCUCCUUGCCCGCGUUCCUCUCCCGGUUCUUCCCCUUCGCCGGCCGCGUGGUCACCAACGCCUCCACUGGCGUUCCCGAGAUCGCCUGCAACAAUGCCGGCGCCGAGCUCGUGGUGGCCAACGUUGGCACGUCGCUCGCCGAGAUGGACUUCGCCAACGCCGACCGCUCGCUCGGGAUCAUCCAGGUGCCGUUCGAGCAGGGCCUCGCGCUGUCGCUGCAGCUCGUGCGGUUCGCCUGCGGCGGCUUCGCGUUUGUGUGGGGGGCAGACCAUCUGCUCGUGGACGGCCACGGCCUGAUGGAGCUUCCCAACGCCUGGGCGGAGCUGCUCCGCGCCGGCGGCCUCUCGUGGGAGCCCCAGCACGACCGAGUCUCCCUCUUCCGGCCGCGCUCGCCGCCGCGGUACAGCCCGGCGCUGGACGCCGAGUUCACACGGUACGCGCCGGCGAGCCUGCCCAACCCCCUCCUGGUGGCCACCCUCGUGCGCCGGAUGUACGUGGUCUCCGGCGCCGACCUCGACCGCCUCCGAGCUGCAGCCAGCACCGCCGACCGCCGCGCAACGCGGCUCGAGGCCCUGUCCGCGCACAUCUGGAAGCUGCUCGCGGCAGCGGUCGGCGGCUCCGACACGCACUGCCGGCUCGCCUGGCUCGUCGACGGCCGUCGUCACCUUGACCCUUCCAAGUACGACAAGGCCAGGCUGGGCCGUUACCUCGGCAACGUGGUCACGUACGCGUCGCGGGAAGUGGCCGUGGAAUCCAUCUCGUCGGCGCCGAUCGCGGACGUGGCGACGAUGGCGGGCGCGGCCAUCAAGAAGGCGUUCCGGUCGGAGCGGUACGAGGAGCUGGUGGACUGGAUGGAGGCGAACAAGGGGGUGUUCCGGGAUGGCGGCAAGUGGACGGAGGCGGUGGGCGUCGGCACGGGGAGCCCCGCGCUGGUGGUCUCCUCGUUCGUGCCGUUCCGGGUGGAGGGUGACUUCGGCUUCGGCCGGCCGCGACUGGUGAUGCCGUGGGUGCGGCCAGGGCGGCUGGGGUCGGCGGCUAUGAUGGUGGCGCGGAGCCCGGAGGAGGACGGGUCGUGGGUGGUCACUGCGAGAAUGUGGCCGCAACUGGCCGACGCCGUAGAGGCGGACCUGGAGGCUGUGUUCAGGCCGGCCACCGCCGCACGGCUUGGGUUCAGCGUGCCCGAGUCGGUGAGCGCCGUGCACAAGUGCAUCGAUGCAGACAUGAACUCCCUUGAUUGA